GCUUUUCAGAGUCUAGUAGAAGGAAGAGAGGAGGAAGAAGAGGAGUAGUAGUGUGAGCCUUCAUCAGCAGACAUGACAGCUCCUGGACUGUUUCCUCUGAAUGUUUCCUCGCUGCUUCCCGGCUUCCUGUUGCUGCUGCUUUCAGCUGAUUUGCCGGUGAGGGCGAAGGAAGUGGAGCCGGAGGACCAAGGAAGUCGCCUCCGAGGCCUCUGGAAGCUGCACAUGAGAGACGUGAUGCUGAAAGGAAAAGGUGAGAAGAGUUCCAGUCAUCCAAUCAGAGACGGGGUCAAACAGCAGCUGCUCUACUGUCGUGUUGCCAUUGGUUACCAUCUACAGAUCCUCCCCGACGGCUCCGUCGGUGGCGUCCACAAACCCAACGAGAACUGUUGGCUGAAGAUGUUCGCUAUGAAACACGGAGUGGUUGGAAUCAGAGGAGUCCAGAGCGGCUUGUACCUCUGCAUGGGAGGAGAGGGACUGGCGUAUGGAGCGGAGAAGUUUACAGACGACUGCUUGUUUAAGGAGAAGCUGGAGGAGAAUCAUUACACCACCUACUCCUCCCUGUCUCACCCCGGUUUCUAUCUGGCUCUGUCUCACAAAGGAGAGCUGAGGAGGGGCAACAGCGUGGGCCGCCACCAGUCCUGCACCCACUUCCUGCCCCGGAGGACCCCCUGAUCAUG